AGUCCAUCAGUAUCAACGGACAAACAUGGGGCAACGUGUCGAAUCCUUUGGGUUCCAUGAUUAUCGCUUUCAUCUACGCCGAACGGGGCAUUCGUCCCUUGGCUGAUUCAUCAGGGCAUAAAAAGGCGCCCCACCGUAUCUAGACCCAGAAAACACCUUUCUACACAGAAAAAUAACGUGCCGUACACAUUCGUACAACUUCAUCGUAAGGUUCAUGACUUCCCCGCUUGCCUCGUUUUGGCCUCGUUUGUCCUGGCCAUGAGCAUGUCUGCUACGACGGUUGCAGCGGUCCCAAUGAUCAGCACCACAAUUACUGAGGCAGGCGCUUACCCCACAACCAUCCCUGGCUCUCCUUCCAGGUCUGUAAGUCUUCCCACCGGGUCCGACAUUCUCUCGCCAUCACCUUCCUCGGCCGACGCUGUCGUCCCAUCUCCAAUGACGACCUCUACGAUCAGCAUCGCUGGCGUUACUGGUACACCUACCAUGAGCAGCCCCAUCGUACCAAUUGCGACGACUACCAAACCCUCGGAUGCGGCCUCUGUGGUCGAAUCUCAGUCGACUAUGUUGGUCGCCAUGGCUGACUUGCUGUUGCGAUGGCUAUUGGCCCCAAAGUGCUCGAAUCCCCUUCUGAUAACUCAGGGCAUGACAUUCUUUGUAUCUAGUUUCUAUGACGCCAUUCCUGCAAGACUACCCCUGGACGCAUUUUUAAUGUACGUAGGCGCAUAG